GGACCUAGGGGCUCUGCAAUCUCCAGCUCCCGCCGGGCGGCGGUGGCGGCCGCGUCGAGGCACAGAGCGGGGAGGGUCACGGAGUGGGGAGAGGAGGGAGGAGGAGGAGCAAAGGUGUGGGAGAGAAAACUUCUGAAAGGAACAGGAAACCUGCUGGGGAGACGGCGGCUGCGGCUUCUCGGGGCGUCCGGGCUGCGAUCGUGGCGGGGUGUCCACAGCUGCGGCUUCGCUCCUGCCCAGCUUCCCCGGCGCGGAAGCCGGGCUGAACUGCGACACUCAGUCUCUCUGCCGUGCCCUCCGCCGCCGCGCUCGGCCGCUGCGGUCGUGUGCUCCGUUCCGCCUCAGCCGCGGCAGCUCCCUGAAGAGAGAGCGGCGAGGGCGCAGAGAAGAGGAGGGACGUGCACUCUGGAACAUGAAGCAGCAUGUCUGAUAAAAUGUCCAGCUUCCUCUACAUAGGGGACAUCGUGUCCCUGUACGCGGAGGGCUCCGUCAACGGCUUCAUCAGCACCUUAGGGUUAGUGGAUGACAGAUGUGUGGUGCACCCAGAGGCCGGGGACCUUGCCAACCCUCCCAAGAAGUUCAGAGACUGCCUUUUCAAGGUGUGUCCUAUGAACCGAUAUUCUGCCCAGAAGCAAUAUUGGAAAGCCAAGCAAGCCAAACAGGGGAACCACACAGAGGCAGCCUUGCUGAAGAAACUACAGCAUGCUGCCGAACUGGAACAAAAACAAAAUGAAUCAGAGAAUAAGAAACUGUUGGGAGAAAUUGUGAAAUACAGUAAUGUUAUACAACUACUGCACAUAAAAAGCAACAAAUAUCUGACUGUCAACAAAAGAUUACCCGCUUUACUGGAGAAGAACGCCAUGCGUGUGUCCUUGGAUCCUGCAGGAAAUGAAGGGUCUUGGUUUUAUAUUCAUCCCUUCUGGAAGCUGAGAAGCGAGGGUGACAAUAUUGUUGUAGGAGAUAAAGUUGUUUUGAUGCCCGUGAAUGCAGGACAGCCACUGCAUGCCAGCAACAUUGAACUUCUUGACAACCCAGGGUGUAAAGAGGUGAAUGCUGUUAAUUGCAACACUAGCUGGAAAAUCACUUUAUUCAUGAAAUACAGUUCAUACCGAGAGGAUGUAUUAAAAGGAGGUGACGUUGUUAGAUUGUUUCAUGCGGAACAAGAGAAGUUUCUGACUUGCGACGAGUAUGAAAAAAAACAGCACAUUUUCCUUCGUACAACCUUGCGCCAAUCAGCAACUUCUGCCACUAGUUCUAAAGCACUCUGGGAAGUAGAGGUGGUUCAUCAUGACCCAUGCCGUGGGGGUGCAGGACAGUGGAACAGCUUGUUCAGAUUUAAACAUCUUGCAACUGGAAACUAUUUAGCUGCAGAGCUUAAUCCUGAUUAUCGAGAUGCCCAAAAUGAAGGAAAAAAUGUGAGAGAUGGAGACCUUCCAACUUCAAAGAAAAAACGCCAGACAGGGGAGAAGAUCAUGUACACUUUGGUCUCUGUCCCACAUGGAAAUGACAUCGCAUCCCUUUUUGAGCUGGAUGCUACAACUCUUCAGAGAGCUGACUGCCUGGUUCCAAGGAACUCAUAUGUUCGGUUAAGACAUUUAUGCACCAACACGUGGGUAACCAGUACUAGUAUCCCCAUAGACACUGAUGAAGAGAGGCCUGUUAUGUUGAAGAUUGGAACCUGCCAAACAAAAGAAGAUAAAGAAGCAUUUGCCAUUGUGUCUGUCCCUCUGUCUGAGGUCCGAGACUUAGACUUUGCCAAUGAUGCAAAUAAAGUGCUGGCGACCACAGUCAAAAAGCUAGAAAAUGGCACAAUAACUCAGAAUGAAAGGAGAUUUGUAACCAAGCUAUUGGAAGACCUCAUCUUCUUUGUCGCUGAUGUGCCUAAUAACGGACAAGAAGUUCUGGAUGUGGUAGUCACUAAGCCAAACCGAGAACGUCAAAAAUUAAUGAGAGAACAAAACAUAUUGGCACAGGUGUUUGGGAUUCUCAAAGCACCCUUUAAGGAGAAAGCCGGAGAAGGCUCAAUGCUGAGACUUGAAGAUCUGGGGGACCAAAGAUAUGCUCCCUACAAGUACAUGCUGCGGCUCUGCUACCGCGUGCUGAGACAUUCUCAGCAGGACUACCGGAAAAAUCAGGAAUAUAUUGCUAAGAAUUUCUGUGUCAUGCAGUCCCAGAUUGGCUAUGAUAUUUUGGCAGAAGAUACCAUCACAGCUUUGUUGCACAACAACAGAAAGCUACUAGAGAAACAUAUCACAGCAAAAGAAAUAGAAACAUUUGUCAGUUUACUCAGGAGAAAUCGGGAGCCAAGAUUUUUGGAUUAUUUGUCAGAUCUGUGUGUGUCUAAUACCACUGCUAUUCCUGUAACUCAGGAACUCAUCUGUAAAUUUAUGCUGAGUCCAGGCAAUGCGGACAUUCUCAUUCAAACUAAGGUGGUCUCCAUGCAAGUAGACAGUCCCAUGGAGAGCUCCAUCCUUCCAGAUGACAUUGAUGAUGAAGAAGUUUGGCUCUACUGGAUUGACAGCAACAAGGAACCUCAUGGCAAAGCUAUCAGGCACCUUGCUCAAGAGGCAAAAGAAGGCACCAAGGCUGAUUUAGAAGUUCUUACCUAUUACAGGUACCAGCUAAACCUCUUUGCACGGAUGUGCCUGGAUCGCCAGUAUCUGGCCAUAAACCAGAUCUCUACCCAGCUCUCUGUAGAUCUGAUCCUGCGGUGCGUGUCGGACGAGAGCCUGCCAUUCGACCUCCGAGCAUCUUUCUGUCGCCUCAUGCUCCACAUGCAUGUUGACCGGGACCCCCAGGAGUCCGUGGUGCCCGUUCGCUAUGCCAGGCUCUGGACAGAAAUCCCCACAAAGAUCACAAUUCAUGAAUAUGAUUCUAUAACAGACUCUUCUAGAAAUGAUAUGAAAAGGAAAUUUGCACUGACAAUGGAAUUUGUUGAAGAAUACUUGAAAGAAGUUGUAAACCAGCCCUUUCCUUUUGGGGAUAAAGAAAAAAACAAACUGACAUUUGAGGUGGUCCACUUGGCUCGGAAUCUUAUAUACUUUGGGUUUUAUAGUUUCAGUGAGUUAUUAAGACUAACAAGAACACUUCUGGCUAUCCUAGACAUUGUACAGGCCCCCAUGUCAUCGUAUUUUGAGAGAUUAAGCAAAUUUCAAGAUGGAGGGAACAAUGUCAUGAGGACCAUCCACGGGGUGGGAGAGAUGAUGACCCAGAUGGUGCUCAGUAGAGGCUCCAUCUUCCCCAUGAGCGUGCCGGACGUGCAGCCCAGCAUCCUCCCGAGCAAGCAAGGCGGCCCCGCUGAGCACGAGGACGUGACCGUGAUGGACACUAAGCUGAAGAUUAUUGAGAUCUUGCAGUUUAUCCUGAGUGUCAGACUAGAUUAUAGGAUCUCAUAUAUGCUAUCAAUAUAUAAGAAGGAGUUUGGCGAGGACAACGACAAUGCUGAGACGUCUGCCAAUGGCUCUCCAGAUACUUUACUACCAUCAGCUAUUGUUCCUGAUAUAGAUGAAAUUGCAGCACAGGCAGAAACUAUGUUUGCUGGAAGGAAGGAAAAAAACCCAGUUCAACUGGAUGAUGAAGGAGGCAGGACGUUUUUACGGGUUCUCAUUCAUCUGAUCAUGCAUGACUACCCGCCUUUGCUCUCGGGAGCCCUGCAGCUACUGUUCAAGCACUUCAGCCAGAGAGCGGAAGUUUUACAGGCAUUUAAGCAGGUGCAAUUACUGGUGUCCAAUCAAGACGUAGAUAACUACAAGCAGAUCAAGGCAGAUCUAGACCAGCUCCGACUGACCGUAGAAAAGUCUGAGUUAUGGGUCGAGAAGAGCAGCAGCUAUGAGAAUGGAGAAAUGGGUGAAAAUCAAGUAAAAGGUGGUGAAGAGCCAAUUGAGGAGUCAAACAUUCUAAGUCCAGUGCAGGAUGGAACAAAGAAACCUCAGAUCGACAGCAAUAAGAGCAACAACUACCGUAUUGUAAAGGAGAUUUUGAUUAGGCUAAGUAAACUUUGUGUGCAGAAUAAAAAGUCUCGGAAUCAACAUCAGCGAUUACUGAAAAAUAUGGGGGCUCAUUCGGUGGUGUUGGAUCUUCUGCAGAUACCCUAUGAAAAGACUGAUGAAAAGAUGAAUGAAGUAAUGAAUCUAGCCCAUACGUUCCUGCAGAACUUCUGUCGAGGACAUCCACAGAAUCAAGUUCUUCUUCAUAAACAUCUGAAUUUGUUCUUAACUCCAGGUCUCCUUGAAGCAGAAACCAUGAGGCACAUCUUCAUGAACAAUUACCAUCUGUGCAAUGAAAUUAGUGAGAGAGUUGUGCAGCAUUUUGUGCACUGCAUCGAGACACAUGGCCGCCACGUGGAGUACCUGAGGUUUUUGCAAACCAUUGUCAAAGCAGAUGGCAAAUAUGUGAAGAAAUGCCAGGAUAUGGUAAUGACAGAGUUGAUAAAUGGGGGUGAAGAUGUGCUGAUAUUUUACAAUGAUAGAGCAUCAUUUCCAAUCCUUCUCCAUAUGAUGUGUUCAGAGAGAGACCGAGGGGAUGAGAGUGGCCCCUUAGCCUACCACAUCACCCUGGUGGAAUUGCUGGCAGCGUGCACAGAGGGGAAAAACGUCUACACUGAAAUCAAGUGUAAUUCCCUUCUGCCCCUGGACGACAUAGUGAGGGUGGUGACCCACGAUGACUGCAUCCCUGAGGUUAAAAUUGCGUACGUGAACUUUGUUAAUCACUGUUACGUUGACACGGAAGUGGAAAUGAAAGAAAUCUAUACAAGUAAUCACAUAUGGAAAUUAUUUGAGAACUUCUUGGUGGAUAUGGCAAGGGUUUGCAACACAACUACAGACAGGAAACACGCAGACAUCUUCUUAGAGAAGUGUGUCACUGAGUCGAUAAUGAACAUUGUAAGCGGCUUCUUUAAUUCUCCUUUCUCAGACAACAGUACCAGCCUCCAGACACAUCAGCCAGUUUUUAUUCAGCUGCUGCAAUCUGCCUUUAGAAUUUACAAUUGCACCUGGCCAAACCCAGCACAGAAAGCCUCGGUGGAAUCCUGUAUCAGAACUUUGGCUGAAGUGGCAAAAAAUCGUGGAAUUGCCAUUCCGGUGGAUCUGGACAGCCAAGUUAAUACUCUUUUCAUGAAGAGCCAUUCAAAUAUGGUACAGAGAGCAGCCAUGGGUUGGAGAUUAUCAGCUCGCUCUGGACCACGCUUUAAGGAAGCGCUUGGAGGCCCUGCUUGGGAUUAUAGAAACAUUAUUGAAAAGCUACAGGAUGUAGUGGCCUCCUUGGAGCAACAGUUCAGCCCAAUGAUGCAGGCUGAGUUCUCAGUGUUGGUUGAUGUCUUGUAUAGUCCAGAGCUGCUGUUCCCUGAGGGAAGUGAUGCAAGAAUAAGAUGUGGCGCUUUCAUGUCGAAGUUGAUUAAUCAUACAAAGAAACUAAUGGAGAAAGAAGAAAAACUGUGCAUUAAAAUUCUUCAGACAUUACGAGAAAUGCUGGAGAAGAAAGACAGCUUCGUGGAAGAGGGUAACACGUUAAGAAAAAUACUCCUGAAUCGAUAUUUUAAAGGUGAUUAUGGAGUUGGUAUGAAUGGACACCUGUCAGGAACCUACUCCAAAACUGCACAAGUGGGAGGAAGUUUUUCUGGACAAGAUUCAGAUAAGAUGGGGAUAUCAAUGUCAGAUAUUCAGUGUCUGCUGGACAAAGAAGGUGCAUCAGAACUUGUCAUCGAUGUCAUAGUGAACACCAAAAAUGACAGAAUUUUUUCAGAAGGCAUUUUCCUUGGCAUUGCCUUGCUUGAAGGAGGAAAUACACAAACGCAGUAUUCUUUCUACCAGCAGUUGCAUGAACAAAAAAAGUCAGAAAAAUUCUUCAAAGUUCUCUAUGAUCGAAUGAAGGCUGCUCAGAAAGAGAUAAGAUCAACAGUGACAGUUAAUACCAUAGAUUUAGGUAGCAAAAAAAGGGACGAUGACAGUGAAUUGAUGACAUCUGGUCCACGAAUGAGAGUAAGAGAUUCAUCAUUACAUUUAAAAGAGGGAAUGAAAGGGCAACUAACAGAAGCUUCUUCGGCAACAUCCAAAGCAUAUUGUGUAUACAGAAGAGAAAUGGAUCCAGAAAUAGACAUUAUGUGCACAGGACCAGAAGCGGGAAAUGCUGAGGAAAAGUCUGCGGAGGAAGUGACAAUGAGUCCUGCAAUUGCCAUCAUGCAGCCAAUACUGAGAUUCCUUCAGCUGCUGUGUGAGAAUCACAACCGAGAACUGCAGAACUUCUUGAGGAAUCAAAACAACAAAACAAAUUACAACCUCGUCUGUGAGACCCUUCAGUUUUUGGACUGCAUUUGUGGAAGUACCACUGGCGGCUUGGGCCUGCUGGGUCUCUACAUCAAUGAGAAGAACGUGGCUCUGGUCAACCAAACCCUGGAGAGCUUGACGGAGUAUUGCCAGGGCCCGUGCCAUGAAAAUCAGACCUGUAUUGCUACUCAUGAAUCUAAUGGGAUUGAUAUCAUCAUUGCUUUGAUUCUAAAUGACAUAAACCCUCUUGGUAAAUACCGAAUGGACCUGGUGCUCCAACUAAAGAACAACGCCUCCAAGCUUUUGCUGGCCAUUAUGGAAAGCAGACAUGACAGCGAGAAUGCAGAAAGAAUUCUUUUUAACAUGAGACCCAGGGAACUGGUGGAUGUGAUGAAAAAUGCCUACAACCAAGGAUUGGAAUGUGAUCAUGGGGAUGACGAGGGUGGAGAUGAUGGUGUUUCUCCAAAAGAUGUUGGACACAAUAUCUAUAUUCUGGCCCAUCAGCUGGCGCGCCACAACAAACUGUUGCAGCAGAUGCUCAAACCAGGAUCGGAUCCAGAGGAAGGAGAUGAAGCCUUAAAAUAUUAUGCCAACCAUACUGCACAGAUUGAGAUCGUUCGACAUGAUAGGACUAUGGAGCAAAUAGUUUUUCCUGUUCCCAAUAUAUGUGAAUAUCUCACUCGAGAAUCCAAGUGCCGUGUGUUCAAUACCACUGAAAGGGAUGAACAAGGAAGUAAAGUGAAUGACUUUUUCCAGCAAACAGAAGAUCUCUACAAUGAAAUGAAGUGGCAGAAGAAAAUCAGGAAUAACCCUGCCCUGUUCUGGUUCUCGAGGCACAUUUCCCUGUGGGGGAGCAUAUCCUUCAACCUGGCUGUGUUCAUCAAUUUAGCUGUUGCUCUUUUCUACCCAUUCGGGGAUGAUGGAGACGAAGGUACACUUUCUCCAUUGUUCUCGGUUCUUCUUUGGAUAGCAGUUGCAAUCUGCACAUCUAUGUUGUUUUUCUUCUCCAAACCUGUGGGUAUUCGGCCAUUUCUUGUAUCAAUAAUGCUCAGAUCAAUAUAUACAAUAGGUCUUGGGCCUACAUUAAUACUGCUUGGUGCAGCUAAUCUUUGUAAUAAAAUAGUAUUUCUGGUGAGUUUUGUUGGAAAUCGUGGCACGUUCACCCGAGGGUACCGGGCUGUCAUCCUGGAUGUGGCCUUUCUCUACCACGUAGCGUAUGUCCUGGUUUGCAUGCUGGGCCUCUUUGUCCAUGAAUUCUUCUAUAGCUUCCUGCUUUUUGAUUUGGUGUACAGAGAGGAGACUCUGGUCAAUGUCAUCAAAAGCGUCACACGGAAUGGCCGCUCUAUUAUUCUAACUGCAGUCCUGGCUCUCAUCCUUGUCUACUUGUUUUCCAUUAUUGGAUUCCUUUUUCUGAAGGAUGACUUCACUAUGGAAGUGGAUAGGCUGAAAAACCGAACUCCUGUCACAGGCAGUCCUCAGGUGCCUACCUUAACCACCAUUAUGGGAACAUGCACUAAGGAGAACUGCUCACCCACGAUACCGGCUUCGAAUACAGCUGAGGAAGAGUAUGAAGAUGGGAUUGAAAGGACGUGUGACACUCUGCUUAUGUGCAUUGUCACUGUGCUGAACCAGGGGCUGAGGAACGGCGGUGGUGUCGGGGAUGUGCUGAGAAGGCCAUCGAAGGAUGAGCCCUUGUUUGCUGCCAGAGUGGUUUAUGAUCUUCUUUUUUAUUUCAUUGUUAUCAUUAUCGUUCUUAACUUGAUUUUUGGUGUUAUCAUUGAUACCUUUGCUGACCUCAGAAGUGAAAAGCAGAAAAAAGAAGAAAUUCUAAAGACAACCUGUUUCAUCUGUGGACUUGAGAGGGACAAGUUUGAUAAUAAAACUGUUUCGUUUGAGGAGCACAUUAAGUCGGAACACAAUAUGUGGCAUUAUUUGUACUUCAUAGUCCUGGUGAAAGUUAAAGACCCAACAGAAUACACUGGACCUGAGAGUUAUGUGGCUCAAAUGAUUGUGGAGAAGAAUUUGGACUGGUUUCCUCGGAUGCGAGCCAUGUCCCUUGUUAGCAAUGAAGGUGACAGUGAGCAAAAUGAGAUUCGGAACCUUCAGGAGAAGUUGGAAUCGACCAUGAGUCUGGUCAAACAGCUGUCGGGGCAGCUGGCGGAGCUUAAGGAGCAGAUGACAGAACAAAGGAAGAAUAAGCAGAGACUGGGCUUCCUCGGAUCAAACACACCCCAUGUGAAUCAUCACAUGCCACCGCACUGAUACCAUGGGGGAAGCCGUGACUAGCCUUUCAUCAGUGUCCUGCCUGAGCCCUGAAUACAGAGCAGAGAGGGAGGGGAGUGAACAGUGCCUAUUGUUGAGAAGUUAAAAACAACCCCGUGCCAAGAUGUGGAGUGGGUUAGCUCCAAGGACAAUUUAUAACUGUUUUCUGGUUGAGAAGACCCAACCUAAAGUGCAGCUACUGGAAAGCGGGCAUCAUGCUCUCAAUGCAACGGGAGGGACUUUGCUCACAGGGCUGGAGAAGGCAGGGAGGAGCGGGGUGGAAGGGGACACGGGGCAGAGAGAACUGUCUUCUGUAAAAUUGACAGGACUCAGUGUUGUCUUAGCUGCUGACUACAACCCCUGUCGUGGUUGGCUGGAAUUUCUUUCUUUUAACUGUGGCUUAUAGGUCCGUGAUAGAGAAGGGCAUCCUUUGGUGGCUAAGUUUUCCUAAGGAAAAUAACUGAAAAGAUUAAAAAAAGAGUUGAAAAGAAAAACGUUAAUGCUUCCAAACCGUAGCUGUCACAGGGCAAUUUUCUUAUUUAUAACAUGAAACACAAAGGAUUUACAGCUCUAGGAACUUAGUGCUUUGGAGCUUAUGCCUCUCACGCUGACAACAUAACUGGAACGUGACUGCUUUCUCUGGGAUUCGGAUGGGCUCUGACAACGUGGAGCACAAAAGGACAUUUUCAUAUAACGUGUUAAAAACGUGUUUUAAGUCAUGAAUAGGCUAAGAUUUUAAAAGAUUUGGAGAAUAAAAAGCCAACAGUAAGUCCCAGGAAAGACUUUUUUGUGAACUUAUGUAUCCUAUUAAAAUACAUUGAGAUUUAUACAUGAAAAUGCUUAAAGGUGACAGGAAAUACUGAGAAACUUAUGAUGGUGGCAUUGUCUUUUAUAAACAUGGAGCAAAAACUAAUUGAUUUAUGUAUGCUGUGCUUAAAGAACUGCUUAGGGAACCAAGUGUUUUUAUUUAUCCUAUUCCUGCAGUUAGGGGAAAAAAAAUCCAAGAAAUGUAUUGAACACUCAAGAAAAUACAGCAUUUCAAUUGCAUAUUUAAAACUGUACCUGUAAGGGCUUUUCAAAAUGUAAAAAGACAGUAACUUCUUACCCAAAUUGUUUUUAUGUUAAAUCAUGCACUCAGAAUUUGUCAAGGGAGAAAAUAACCUGGCAUGGUCGGAUUAUUCUUAGAGGCUACACAUUUGGAGUAGUACAGCAAAGUACGGAUUACGAAAGUGUCAGAAGGGCUGUGUGACAAGGGAGGAAAGACACAUGACACGAGACUCUGGGAGAUGUUUUGCAAGUUGACCUUCUGGACUUUGGCCGCCAGAAACAAAAGAUUGCCUCCAGAGUCUUCAAACUCUCCAGUUACUACCAACAAGGUUUAAGGUCCAGACAGGGUUUGCUAUGACAAUUUUUAAGGCUUUUGUAUUGUUCUAAUAUAGCUUAAGCUAUUGGUUCCUUAAAAUCUCAAAUCAUGAUCUGUGUAGAAUAUAUUAAUAAAGAGUUCAUGUUAGCCCACUUGAAUGUUUACCCACUGUUCAGAACAUUUGCAAAAAAGAACCUGAACCAGUCCUUCUACCACACACUAUUAAAAUGCAGACUGGAAACAAAGCUGUUUGAACCUGCAGCAAUGAAUUUUUUAACUGGAUCUACUGGUACCCCACCACAUCACCUCAAAGUAAGAAUUCCUCACUCUUGACAUGAUAGUAUUUUUCCCGACCAGUAGCUGAAGGACCCUGACAUCCCUGAUCCAAAGAUACUAAGAAGUUGUGAUAUAUUUACAUCAGCACAGAACUUUGAACCUAGUAGUCAAUAAAUACAUGAGAAAUUCAGCUGUCAUUCAAUUACCCUUAAUUCUUUAUGAAAACUUUAUAUCACUAUUUGUUUUUUUUUUAAUGGCUUCACGAAAAUCAAAGUAGAUGAAAGCAGCCAUUUUAAAAAUCCAAGAUCAUGAUUGCUAUUGACAAUAUUAGGUGAAAAGUAUACUUUAAAAUAUUUCAAUCAGACAGAGUUUUAUAGACGGGAGAGAAUGGAAAGGUGGUCAAUAGUGAGCAUAUUCCAAUAUAGAAACCUAUCUCUAUUUCAGCAAAACAUAAAAUACUUCUGAUGUCUAAACUAAAGGUCAAGAGAAUAAAUUAAUUUGUACAGGUGUGAGCAACUUGUCUUUCAGAUGAUGAAUUAUCUAGUCUUUUCUGACACCAUGAGAGUUUCAUUUUCUAGAGAAUAAGCCAUUGACUAUGUAACUGCUAUCUAGAAAUGACCUAACGUCCCCAACCAUCGUGCAGUGGCAGCUCACUGUUUCACAGCAUAUUUUCUCCUGUGGGAAGUAUUCAAAAGAGAUUACAACGAACAAGAGUCUUACUCCAUCAAAAUUUAAAUAUUUUUCAGUUGUGUUUUUAAAUGCCUCUUUCUUUCCUGCCUAAAUGCUUAGAGAUUAUAAGGCGAAACAAAACAAGAAAAAACACAAGCAGACAAAAAAGGCACUUUCCAGGGCAUUAAAUUCAUGACGGAGAGGAUAAUGGGAAAUUUGACAUUUGAUAUAAAUUUAUAUUUGUCGUGUACACGUUUGUUAAUGCAACUGGAAUAUUUGAUCUAGGUAAGUAUCAGUUAACAUCCGUAUAUUUAUAUAGGGAUAUUAAAUACAAUCAUCUUUGACUUUGAUGUUAAGGGAGAUUUUUAAAAAAUAUUUAAUUAUUAAAAUCCAUAUUGGUUUAAAAGUAUCAGUUUCUGCUGAAUAAAAUUUUUAGUUUCAAAAGGGCUUUGUUCCCCUCUGUGCUCCAUUCUGAGGCUCAAGAGUUUAAUGCAAGUGUCUUUUCUGAGUUAAAAUAACAUUUUUAGAUGAGAAAAUGCUUAUAUCAUACAGAACUAUAAUAUUAAUAAAUACAUUGUAGACAUGCAAAGACUUAUGUUUUCUACCCCUUAAAAAGUUAACUUAGAAAAGCACUUAUUUUCUUGCAUAGUGACAUUUUUCUGUUGGAGAAGAGUAUGCCGUUUCUAGUAGCUUGUUGGUAAUGUCAGGGAGAUAUUUCACUCAAGUCAAAACUAAUUGUGUGCUUAUCCCAUAUUCUCAGCUCACAACUCAAUGUUUCGGCUGCUCUCUUUCUUUGAUAGCUGUUUUAUUACCCAAAAUACUGCAAUAUGGCCCACCCUCAGCCCCCAGCCCCAGGACGGACAAUGAGUGGGGAGGCUGGGGAGGUGGCAAGGGAAGGUGGGGACGGGGACUUCUGCUCCCCAGCCCACUGUCACGUUAGCUACUGGGAAGAAAGGGCUUAUUCUCCAGGGACCCAGUAGAUUGGACAUAAGCAAGUCAAUAUUGCACAGGCAUCAUAACAUAACAGAUCACAGACUCAAGAGAUAGCCCUUAACCAUGCAAAGAACAGUGCUUCGUGGAAGAGCAACUGCUCUAGGAUGGUGUAUUCCCUACAGCUGUUCUGAAAGCUAUACGGAAUAACAAGUCAGCAUAUUCAGACCCACAGACCCAUCCCAAUGUGCUGUGAUAUGUGACAUGCACAACAAAGGAGGCAGACAUCUUAAACACAAACGCAGAUGCUACAGGAGCUAGGCAGGUAACUAAAAAGCAAGGAAUUGUGAGGUGUGCACCAUAGGUAGGCAGCGGGGAGGCCAUGGUAAGCUCUCUAUUUUCAGAUUUUGACGACUAAUUCCAGGUUUUAGAAAACACCUGAGGCCAGUUGAGGGAUGCUCUUUCUAAAAUAAUUAUUGAGAAAGCUAUCCCAUUUAGCAGAAGAAAAUACACAAUAUGAAAACCAGAGAUCUAAAAUGCAUGUGGAAAUUGAGAAAUCUGAAAAGUCCAGGUACCCAUCUCUGAACUGGAAUGUGUCCACAGACCUGACGAAUUUAUGAAAUUAUCACGCCAGUACUUCUCAUAUCACCAAGUGAGACGUAUUUUCUCCUGCAAAAGAUUACUCUAUUUGCCUCAAAAAGAAUGAUUUUAAUGUAACAUGUCAAGGGCAGAUAAUUUAUGUUAAUAUUAAUAAUAUUAAUAAAACUGGAUUUGUAAAACUUU